AUGUCCCGUCUACGGCAUCUUCUCACGCUGCUUCCGAUAUGCCUUACACCCGUCCUGGCCGACUACCUAGGCCCACGAUACCCACCCCCUGCAGACCUAACCAGCGACGAAAGCCUUGUCGCCGCCAGUUGGGCGAACCUCACUUCAACGCUACAGGCAUACCUCAGCGGCAUUGAUCAAAGCGCUGCAUCUUCAAACGAUGCUCUGUCUGCAAUCCAAAAUGUAACCUUCUCCCUGGGUAUGUUCUCAAUCCACGACUCUGCCGCUACCGAGAUUCUGCAAUUCCACCACACGUCUGCCGAAGUGGCCAACGCGCCCAAUGGCACAAACCAAGUCGACGGAGACACUAUCUACCGCAUCGCCAGCGUCAGCAAGCUCUUCACAGUCUAUGCAGGUCUGCUGGGGCUUGAUAGCACCGACUGGGACCGUCCUCUGACAGAGUUCUUUCCCCAGCUAAUGGAGACGUCCAACAACAACAACAACAUCGUAGGUCACGUUCAAUGGGACUUGGUCACUCCCCGUGCUCUCGCGGCUCAAAUUGCCGGUGUGCCACGUGACUUUCUUUCGCUAGGGGAGUUUCUAUUGCAGCCUGACCUUAACCCAACAGCAUUGGGUCUUCCACUGUUAGACUCAAACGACCCGAUUUCCUCAUCCUUACCAUGCAUAGGCUCUGAAGACCCUGCUUGUGCCGAAGACCCAGAGCGAUACAUCAUGGGCGUCCAGAAUCGUCCGCCAACCUUUCUCCCCUGGACUAGUCCGGGGUACAGUAAUAACGGCUUCUCCCUGCUCGGCCUGGUGCUCGCCAACAUCACUGGGAAAACCAUUGAUGAAAUAUAUCGCGACAGUAUCUUUGAUCCCCUCGACAUGACCAACUCCAACUCCAGUCCCCCCAUCCAGUCCGAAUGGUUCCGCGCAGUGAUCCCUGGCGAUAUUAGCUACUUCGCGUCUGACAGCGACAUGGCAAAGUCCUCCGGAGGUCUUUUGUCCACGACACAGGACCUCGCGAAACUCGGCGUUGGCAUCCUCAACCACACCCUGCUUCCGCCCGACGAGACACGCAAGUGGAUGAAACCCCUUUCCCACACCGCCCGUUUGCAAUCCUCAGUCGGCGCUCCCUGGGAGAUCGUACGCUACACGUACGCAGACUCAGGCGUCGUCACUGACCUCUACACCAAGGGCGGCGACUCUGGUCAUUACGGCAGUUUCUUCGUGCUCUUACCCGACUUCGACGCGGGCUUCAGCAUCCUUACGGCUAGUACAUCGGCCGAACGUCUCACCAUCAUUGGCGCCAUUGGCGAUCUGGUGGCCGACACGAUCCUGCCUGCCCUGAUGGCCCAGGCUGCUGCUGAAGCCGAAAGCAACUUUGCGGGCUCGUACACGUCCACGGUGGAAGGACUGAAUUCCUCCUUGACCUUGUCCCUCAACCAGUCUCAAGGGGCGCCGCCUGGCUUGGCGAUAUCGAGCUUCAUCAGCAACGGCACGGACGUGCUCCUCACGCUGCCUGGGAUGAGGAGGAAUCUGCCCAACCGACUCCUGCCCUCGAUCGCAGACGUAGCGACGGGACAGGUGGCGUUUAGAGCGGUCAGAGGUGCUGAUGCGCCGAGUGUGCAAGUUGGACCGAUUUCGCAAUUUGUAACAGCAGACUGGUUCAGUGUUGAUGGCUUAACGUAUGGCGGUUUGAGCACAGAGCUUUUUGUGUUUGAUGUCGACUCCAGCGGCAGGGCGGUAGCGGUGAACCCUGCUGCAUUUAGGGUGAGGCUUGAGCGAACAGACGGAUGA